AACGGCCCCUCCCAUCGACGUCACAGCUGUGACCCCGCCCCCUGGCCUGGCACUAGGAAAGGUACUGAAGAACGGAGUGCGGCGCGGUUCAGUAUUGUUCAUCGAAUAGUCGCGUGUUGUCAGUCACCGGUGCGGACAUGGAAUGUGGAGAAGCGGAGUUCAAUAUCCUGCUGGCCACAGACUCGUACAAGGUAACGCAUUAUAAACAGUACCCACCAAAUACAAGUAAAGUGUAUUCUUACUUUGAGUGUCGGGAAAAGAAGACUGAAAACUCCAAGUUUAGGAGGGUGAAAUAUGAAGAAACAGUCUUUUAUGGUUUGCAGUACAUUCUAAAGAAGUACUUAAAGGGAAAAGUGGUGACCAAAGAAAAAAUUCAGGAAGCCAAAGAAGUAUAUAGAGAGCACUUCCAAGAUGAUGUUUUUAAUGAGCCAGGGUGGAAUUACAUCCUUGAGAAAUAUGAUGGCCAUCUGCCAAUUGAAGUUAAAGCUGUGCCUGAAGGCAGUGUAAUCCCCAGAGGGAAUGUACUCUUUACAGUAGAAAAUACAGAUCCUGAAUGCUACUGGCUUACUAACUGGAUAGAGACCAUCCUUGUGCAAACAUGGUACCCAAUCACUGUUGCUACAAAUUCCAGAGAGCAGAAGAAGAUUCUUGCCAAAUAUUUAUUGGAAACAUCAGGUAGUUUAACAGGUCUGGAGUAUAAAUUACACGACUUUGGCUACAGAGGGGUUUCUUCACAAGAGACUGCAGGAAUUGGGGCUUCAGCACAUCUUGUUAACUUCAAAGGAACAGAUACUGUACCAGGAAUUGGCUUGAUAAAGCGAUACUAUGGAACAAAGGACCCAGUGCCUGGAUUUUCUGUGCCAGCUGCUGAACACAGCACAAUCACUGCCUGGGGAAAAGACCAUGAGAAGGAUGCUUUUAAACACAUUGUAACACAGUUCUCUUCAGUACCAGUCUCCGUGGUCAGUGAUAGUUAUGAUAUUUACAAUGCCUGUGAGAAAAUCUGGGGAGAAGAUUUAAGAAGUUUAAUAGAGUCAAGAAGUGCAGAUGCUCCUUUGAUAGUUCGACCAGACUCUGGAAAUCCCCUUGAUACAGUUUUAAAGGUGCUAGAGAUUUUAGGAAGAAAAUUUCCUGUGCAAGAAAAUGAAAGGGGUUACAAAGUCUUGCCACCUUACAUUCGUGUAAUUCAAGGAGAUGGUGUGGAUAUAAACACUUUGCAAGAGAUUGUAGAGGGAAUGAAGAAACAUAAGUGGAGCAUUGAGAAUAUUUCUUUUGGAUCUGGAGGAGCUCUCCUACAGAAACUUACCAGAGACCUAUUAAACUGCUCAUUCAAGUGCAGCUAUGUGGUGACUAAUGGCCUCGGGGUAAAUGUGUUUAAAGAUCCGGUAGCUGAUCCAAACAAAAGAUCAAAGAAAGGGCGACUGUCUCUUCACAGAACUCCCACAAAUGAGUUUGUGACCCUUGAAGAAGGAAAGGGUGAUCUGGAGGAAUACGGACCAGAUCUUCUCCGCACAGUGUUUAAGAAUGGCAAGAUUAUUGCAUGUUACUCAUUUGAUGAUGUACGGAGCAAUGCUGGACUAAAAAACAGAGAGCUAGAAGAAGAGAUUCAAUAGACUCAGUCCUAUAUAUAUCAUUUUGUAUGUAAAUCUUAGAGAACUUUCACUGUACAAACCUGUGUCAGUUUAUCUUGUUAACAUUUUUUUAAUGGCGGUUUGUCAAUGCUUUUAUCAGAAUUACUGUUUCCCUCUGUCAAUAUCUCCAGAGUACCUCCACAGAUCUGGCCUGAAAUGAACGCUUUUCUCCAGAUAACACACUUCUCCUUUUGUACAAUAAAAAAACUGUAAAAUAUAUUUAAUCAUAAGCGGUUCUAUGUCUAGCGUUUGUACAAUAUAUAAAUGUACAAGUACACUUUGCAAAGCCAGUAUAUUGUGUUUUUUAGUUCAUCUUCCAAUGAUUAGAGAGCGGAAUUCUUUAUAUUUCUAUCAUCUAUUUUAAAAAGUCAAGAAAUGAAGAUGUGCCCAGCUACACAGAUCAGAUGACAUUUUAUUUGCCUUAUAUAGCUAGCACAAAUAUUUUAAGUGUGUCUUAAGAAACAUCAGCCUUUGUGUGGCAUGUGUAAUGGCAUUUAUAUAGAUGGUGUGUAUGAUCACACUGCUUCAUAUGUACUAUAUUAGCAUAGUGUACCAGUUAUACAGAUUUACAGUCAUACUGCACACUAUUUCAUGUAAUUCUGCAAAUGUAAUGUUCCAUUACACAUUGACUUUAUAAAGCUUUAUGAGACAUUCAAUUUAUUUAUGCGUACAAGAGCCUGCAAUAUCAGAAAAGCCAAAGACGUCUUGUCAAUACAGUGUCAUGUCCAAACCUCCCGCAAUGUCAACCAAUAUUUCAAUCAGUGUUUGAACUGUUUUAUUGAUGGCCGUAGAAAUGUAUUAACAUAAGAGGAACCAGAUCCGUAAAUAAAAUAGGGGGUUCCCGCUUAAUAAAACUCAUAUUAACUCAUCUUUCCAGUUAGUAAAUAUUGCAUGCACUGCCUACUGCUUCUGGGCUUGUAAGUAAAUAACAUGUAUUCAAAUACACCAAUUCGGCCUGAUAUACUGUGUUCUUAAAGGGGUAUUCCUGGGGAAAAGUUUUAUUUUUAUUAAAUUUUUUUUUUUUUUUUUUUAGAGCAACUGGUGCCAGAAAGGUAAACAGAU